AUCUGACACAAAACAAAGCAUGAAUAAAUUAUAAUUGAAUCGUCCAGACCUGCGAAUUGUGUAAAUAUGUCUGAAUCCAACAACGGCGAAGGCCUUGCUCAUAAAUUAUUAAUUAUGUUAUGUGACGUUCUCCGAGCAGGUCCUACCUGAUUUGCUGAGAGCCAGUUGAGUGAGCGUAGGAAAACUAGCGGAAGCCUAGACUAAUUAAUAUUAAUUAUUUUGCUCAAUGACUGGCAUUUGCCUUAUGAAUAUUAAUUAGGCUGUGUCACUGGACGAUCCAGGAAAGUGAACAGGACGAAAUUAAUAUUCAUCAUAUCAAGCCAUAUACGCCAGUCCGCGAACAAAUCAACUGCACUCGUCUGCAAACUGAUUAUAUGUUUUCACCAGAAAGCGACUGAUGACUACAAAGCUAUAAAUGAUUAUACCUUAUAAUCAGAAAUGUGUCGUUGACCUUUCGUGUAAACCACACCCAGAACAACAGUUUUAACAGGUGAGGUCAGGUAGACUCCUGUCACUAAACCGUGCUACUCGACAGCAGGACAAACUGGAUGUCAUGGCUGUGCCUUUACCGAAUGACAGCAGCAAUGCAGCGUUCGACUGGUUCAAUGAAUUCCAGCGCAGCUGCAUUUUGAAGAAUGGGAUUGUUCCAGAAUGGUUCCAUGGAAUCAUAUCCAGAAAGGCUGCGGAGGACAUGCUGAUGUGCAAACCUCCCGGUUACUUCCUCAUUCGUGUUGGUGAGAGCAGGGUGGGUUAUACAUUAUCUUAUCGAGCUGAAGAUCGCUGCAGACACUUCAUGAUUGACGUCUUGCAUGAUAACCAGUAUAUUAUAGUGGGAGAAAACACACCCUUCUCUUCCCUCCAUGACUUGGUGGCCUUUCAUCGCAGAAGCCCCAUUCUCCCCUACAAUGACUUGCUCACUGUGGCCUGCGAACAGGGUGAUAAAAAUAACUACGCUGAGCUGUUGUUUCCUCAAAAGAAAGAUAAAAACCCUGGACAGGUUGAAUGGAUGAAAUGUUCAACUCCAACACAUACUGCUCAUUCAAAAAUUUCUGAACGCAACCCAACUCCGCCGGCCCAAAACGAAUCCUUUACGCAACCUACAAGUCUUUCUGCGAGACUGUAUCCCAGCUUGGAGACAGAAAUGAGCUCUAUGAAUCUACAGAGCACGAAUCAGCACACAAAGCCCAUUCCGAAGCCUAGGACAAUAUUCAAAUCCAAAACACCAACUGACGACACGCCACCACAGUUGCCUCCCAGAUCAUGCUUGCCCAAUCGCCCGCAAGCCACCGCAGAUGCUGACAGAUCCCAAGGGAUGAUGCCGAUAAGCUCCGAUAGACAUCAUAUCCCACCCGACGCACCCGUCGAAGGCCGUUCCCAACAGAAAAACCAUCAACCAUUGAAUCCGGUGGUCAUGGGCCUGGCGCAAAUCAAGAAAAAGCUUAAAAAGAGCCGCUCCAAGGAGAACAUGUAUGAGGAGAUUGUUCAAGAUCAAGAAAAUGCAACUUUUUCUGCUUUGGAGAGUAGUAACAUGAACCCUGAGCAACUGGAGGAAAAUGACUAUCAGGAAAUACUUGAAAAAUCCACAGUUGAAGGCCGUCGGGCAUCUGAUGGGAUUCCCAACUCCGCAGAUAGACAGUUACCUUUGGAGUACUUGAAUCCACCUCCUUUUGCACCUGGUUACUAGAUAAAAACAUCACGUGUGGUUUUACCCAGAGCAUUUGUUUUAUUGUCACUGAAUAAUGUGAAAUCUAUCUCUUUGUUGUGAUGUUCUGUUUUAUUAUGCUACAUUUGAAUUUCUGACUCCACACAUGCUGAACAGAGGUUUGUAACCUGGAAAAACCUGCUGGACAUGGUAAUAUAUUAAUAUAAUGAAAACAGAGCAUGUUGUGCCUGUGGGCAUGAAUUUGAAUAUAUUUCUGGAUUAUACUUCCUAAAAUCUGGCACUUUACAUAUCAGGAAAAAAAAAACAUUGUAAAUAUUAGCUUUUUAUUGCAGAUGGUCAAUAAAUGUACAGGUGAUACAAUAA